AUGUCGCAACUUGCUUCAGGAGUAUCGCCCAUUCGACUACCUACCAACCAUGCGCUUCGAUCUACACCAAGACUCCCAACCCCUCCUCCACCUGAUCCCGAAAACGAGCUUCCCUUUCUCUCUCCCGAACUCCUCACAUCCACGCUCAAGAAAAUCCACAAAUCGCGCUCGCAACUACGUCUUCACCUUUUCCAAACAACAGAGACCCCCUUCCAGAAUAUACACAUUGGCGCGCUAAUCUUCAACGGUCCGAAGCUUCUCGUUAUCAAACAUGUGGUGGAUGAAACUUGCUGCUACGAUAUUCCGAGCAGGAAGAUGGCGGAUGAGGAUUUCAGUGUGAUUCGGGCUCUAAUUGGUGUUGUCAAGGAACAGACCGGGAUGGAGGUGGCUUUGGUGGUUAGAGAGUUAAUGCCUGCGUUCCAGUUCAAGAUUCCGUGGGUUGUGCAUGGAGAGCAGUUCUGGAGUCCGUGUGUGCAGUUGAAUUUUGUGGUUGGGGUGAGGGCUGGUGGGUUUGAUUCUGGGAAUGGGAGAGAGAAUUUGUUUUGGAUUGAGGAGGGGGAGGGGAGAGAGAUGGAUAUGCCGGAUGGUGUUAAGGGGUUGGUUAGAUGGGCUUUUGCGGAUCGGUUGAUUCAUGGGAGUUGGAUUUAA